CGAUUACACAAAUCCAUUUGUGUAGAAAAUUUCCUCGCAUACUUUUCUGAUUUCCCACCCCGAAAAUACCUUGUAAAGCGGAGCGCUAGUAAAACCCGCCCGCGGCUCGCUCAUCCCACCGACGCCAUUGGCGAGCGCACAAGCGCGCUGCUCAGCGCAUCGCAUCAUCCUCCGCUCCGGUCCGGCGUCCAGGGCCACCGAAUGGCCUCGAGCCUGUAAAAUCCGGUCCUUUCUACCCACCAAUCCGGGUCCGGCCGCGGUUCGACCAAGAUUGGCAGGCAGAGCGACCCGUGUGGUUCGAUCCGUCUCGUCUCACAGGAUGGCGGCGGUGGCGAACGGAUCGACGGCAGCGGCGGUGAAGGAGGCGGAGUACCAGGCGGGCGUGCAGAAGCUGGUGGACCUGCUGUCCAAGCUGAACCCGGCCGCCAAGGAGUUCUUCCCCUCCUCGGCCGCGGGAGCGGCGGUGACGUCACCGUCCAAGAAGGCGCUGUCAGCGGACGCACCGGUGUUCGACUACUACUCGGUCGGAGGCGGGAGUGAGGGGAGCAAGGACUCCGCCGCCUUCGCCGCCGUCUUCAUUGGGAACCAGCAGCGCAGGUGGAAGAAUGGAUACAUCAACCAAGGAAGGAGGAGGACAAACGAGAGGGCUAGGCGUGCAGAAAGAGAGGACAGCAUUCGGCGAACUGUUUAUGUCUCUGAUAUUGACCAUACAGUGACAGAGGAGAGACUUGCUGAUAUCUUUGCCACCUGUGGGCAAGUUGUUGAUUGCAGAAUUUGUGGUGACCCCCACUCAGUUCUUAGGUUUGCAUUCAUUGAGUUCUCCGAUGAAGAGGGUGCGAGAGGUGCACUUAACCUUGGUGGCACGAUUUUUGGUUUCUACCCUGUUAGAGUCCUACCUUCAAAGACAGCUAUCUUACCUGUGAAUCCAAAGUUUCUUCCCAGGACGGAAGAUGAGAAGGAAAUGGUUAUACGAACUGUUUACUGUACAAACAUAGAUAAGAUGAUUACUCAAUUAGAUGUAAAGAAUUUCUUUGAAGAACUUUGUGGUGAGGUGUCUCGGUUGAGGCUCUUAGGGGAUAAUGCACAUUCUACAAGGAUCGCUUUUGUUGAGUUUGUCCAUGCUGAGGGUGCCAUUAUGGCUCUGAAUUGCAGUGGGAUGAUUUUGGGAACUCUGCCUGUCAGGGUGAGCCCUUCUAAGACACCGGUGAAGCCACGUGUAAAUCGAGUGGCAUCUAACUGACUCUGCAUCAGCCGAACUGGAUUGUUCACGGGAAGGCAUGACCAUCAAUUAAAGGCUUUCCGUGAUCCAGUACAUCAUGACGCAUUUGCUUACAUUCGUGCAAACAGAAGAGCAUUUUUUUUCUCUCUCCUUGUACCCUUUUGCAAACCUUUUUGAAGAGAACUGGUUAAACCAGAUCCUUCAGAUUCGGCAUUUGUUUCUCAUGUUUCAUUCCUCAUGGAACAGUUGUUAGACAAUCAGCUAUCAGCGUAGUUUCUGUGGUUGUCACUUUA